UAUAAAGCCCAGCGCAGGCUGACAAAGUGUGGAAAAGACUUAAAAAAUGUUCAGUUCGAGCACAAUUAUGAUCUAGAAGUGAAUUUUCAUUGAUAUCGGGAGUCCAGAGCAGAAAAGCUGACUGUGAUCAGCGCUGUUAGGAAGUCUGGCAGCGCCAUGAGACUCCAUCAUCAGUGUGUUUGCUGCCGCUACAAUAUCUUCAUUUUAGAAGAAAAUGAUGCUCAAGAAAUGGCUGUUUUUAUUCACAGUCUUUACAUAAACAUGUUAGAAAGCCUUCAGACAGUAUUUGAUGUGGAGGAAAUGAUUUGACGAGGAGAAAGGACGGAAAACACAGCGAUUAUCAGCGUGUUCCGCUGUGAAUCGGUGCAGUUUUCAAGCUCCAGUAACAAAGUGCAGAGAGCCUCCGAGAUGUUUAUGAGCCGAACAUGAAGAGAAACAAGUCCGCUAUGGAGCCUCUUUACUGUCAGCCUGCAGCGCUGCUCCAACGCGGAGUUUUCACCAGUUUUAUGCCGCCGAGAAAACACAAACAGAAGCCGUCCGUGUUGCACAGAGCAGCCGCGGACAGGGCUGAGUCUCCACGGUUCUCAUGGUGUGUUUAAGGGCAUCCUGCUGCUCCGGUUUUCUCAUCUCUACACUCCGACUCUCGUUGUAGCGCCAACAAGGAAGGAAGGAAGGAAGAUGGCAGAAGUCGCUCCAGCUCCCGCUCCGGCCAAAGCGGUCAAGAAGAAGGCCUCCAAGCCCAAGAAGAGCGGCUCCAGCGUCAGCGAGCUGAUCGUGAAAACUGUGGCCGCCUCCAAGGAGCGAAGCGGCGUGUCGUUGGCCGCCCUCAAGAAGGCUCUGGCUGCCGGAGGAUACGAUGUGGACAAGAACAAAGCCCGCGUCAAGACCGCCAUCAAGAGCCUGGUCACCAAGGGCACCCUGGUCCACACCAAGGGAACCGGAGCUUCCGGCUCGUUCAAGAUGAGCAAGAAGGUCGAAGCCAAGGCUGCGAAGCCCGCCGCUCCUAAAGCCAAGAAGCCCGCCGCAAAGAAGCCCGCCGCAGUGGCCAAGAAGCCCAAGAAGGCGGCAGCAAAGAAACCAGCAGCGGCCAAGAAGUCUCCAAAGAAGGUCAAGAAGCCUGCAGCGGUGAAGAAGGCAGCCAAGAGCCCUAAGAAGGUCGCCAAGAGCCCUAAGAAGGUGGUGAAGAGCCCUAAGAAGGUGGUGAAGAAGGCUCCCGCAGCCAAGAAAAGUCCAGCGAAGAAGGCAGCUAAGCCCAAAGUCAAGAAGGCAGCAGCCAAGAAGAAGUGAGCUCCAUCCACAACAAACAUAAUUAACUCAACAAAGGCUCUUUUCAGAGCCAACACCUCUCUCUUAAGAACACAUUCACUACUUUUUGUAAACUUUAAUCUAUGUCCAUGAAUAGAAAAGGCUCUAUUUCUUUACAGUUUACAUUUUAAUUUAAUUUUACUUUUGUACUAUUCUGGGGUUUAUUUUCUUAUAAAGACUUUUUUGAUAUAUAUGUUCUCAUGUGUAAUUGUAUAAUGAAGGCAGUCAUUGUUAUUUAUAAAACAGGCAAAUCAAGAGAUUCAGCUUGGUUAAAGUAGUUUUACUGGAAUAUUGUACAAACCUACAUGUCCAGCAUCUUUCUGCCUCCAGCAGUGACCUCUCCAACUUAGAUUAUGUUCUGUCCACUUUUAGGCCCGGUUAACUAAAGGAAAUACUUUGACCUUAUCUUUAGACCGUCCAAACUCAGCAGUUACUUUUCUCUUGGUUAAUUUAAUCAAACUGAUGUUUGAACCUGAUCAAAACUGUCUUGAUAGUUUUAGAAGGUACAUACCUCCACAUGAAGAGUUAUACAUUUAGCAUUGUUUACUAUAUUUAUCGCUGUUUCGGUUUUGACUUAUUUCUUGACAUUAUUGCUGCUUUUUUCCAUAAGAAACCUUCCAUGAAUUUUUAUGGGUUUCUUUUGGGUCAAUAUCAACACAAACGUUCAGUUCAUGAGUUUGAUUUAAACUCAUCAUUCACCUCAUAAAAUGAAUGUUUACUAAAAAAAACCCAACAGAUGGAAUGUUGAUUUGGAUCUCGCCCCGUGAUGAACUGGUGACCUGUCCAGGUUGUUCCCCGCCUCUCAUCUGGUGACAGCUGGACUUAGGCACCAGCCGCUCCGCCACCCUGAAAGGAUAAGCUGGUCCAGACAAUGUAUGGAUGAAUGGUUUUGGGUCUUCAGGGACAUUUUUACCUUGCAUGAGGUCAAGCAGCAUUUUCUUGAAACCAGUUACAAGAUGUAUAAUCUGUCAAUAAAGUAUAUUUACCCUA